UCCCGCUCCCUCUCCUCGCCGUCAAUCUCCAGCCACGCCUCAUCCUCUCGGGCCUCGCGGGGCACCACCGUCGACGAGCGCUCGCUCUAGCGCCGCACGGCUUCUUCUGGAGAUGGCUGCAUGGAUGUAGAUGGGGAGCGCCAUGGAUGGGACGGAAGCAAGAGGAGGCUACACGGCCGACCUUCCAGAGGAGUGAGAGUUUGGGAGUGGAGGUCUCUGUAGCCAAUGGCUUUCAGCGGUGGAAGAAUUUGGAGCGGAGGCUGGGUGUGGAUCCUAGAGGUGGAGGAGCAAAGAGAGAACAUGAGCUCAUGUCAUUGAGAGGGAAUGGUAUGGAGCUUCAAGUGUUCAUUGGUGGGGGCCUGGGGGAGGAUGAUGUCCAUGUGCUGGAUCAACCACCGUCGCUGUCCGCGUCCGUUGUGCCAUCGCCAUCAUCCUCACAUCGUCAAUGCUUCAGUUCCUUACACCGACAGGAAUUGAGUGCCAUGUGGAUGUAUGGAAUCAGGUUUUUUCUUACUGGUUGUUCGUCUCGCACCUCAGAUGUCUGAUCGGCCUCCGAGUUUGCCUACCUGCCUUGCUCCGUUCAUGUAUCUACGGGUUAAACUAUUCUUUCUUCCUUGUCUGGUUGGUGUUCAUGGUCUGUGACUGGAUGGGGAAAAAGUCCAUGUGUGCCAUGAAGAUAAGUUGGCCUUCUCUUUUGCACCUAAGGAAGAAAUAAUUUUUUACUCUAUCCAUGUUUUUAGUAGAAUGUGUGGUUAUUCAGAACUUCAGAUUAUUUAGAGCCAACAUUUAUGCAAAUUGCUAGAAAAUUAUUAGGUUAACUUAACUUACAAAUGAUAAAGGAUAUACCAUGUGUAGUUAGUUUUGUAUGCUCACUUAUUAGCAGUUGUUUUGUACUAUAGAUGAUAGCCUGAUAGGUUGUCAACACUUCUAGCAAUGAAUGCAUGCCAAGUUCUGAAUAUGGAAAAUGAAAAUUUUGAAAUUUGAUGGUAUUAACAUUUGAAAUGCAGGUUCAGGUUUACAUACAUUUGUCCUUUAUGUUGGGCCCCAUAUUGAUCUGUUUACUAUUAAGAUUGUCCAAUGUGGUUAGUUGAUUUGAAGACUGCUCCAUAUGAUAUGGUACAGUUUAAAUAGGCGCCAUCAUGGCUCGAGAAGUUGAAUUUGGAUCACGGUGUUGCCUACACCAGAUAAUUCAGAUAUGAUCCAGGUCUUGAUUUACUUCCUUAGGUUCAGUAAGAAGCUGUUCUUUGGGGUAUCAGGACGACACUUGGCGAGCUCCCUUCUUAUUUUGUAUCACGAGCUGGUAAUUUUGCAAUGCAUUUUAUUUUUUAGAAAUAGCGAAAUACCAAUAUAUGAUUCUAUGCUUUACAAUCGUGAAGUAAUAUUCAAUCCAAUAUGCAGAUAAUAUUAGUUCUUUUCUAUUGUAGGUAAACUGACUUUCCUUGAAAACUAUUAGAUGGACUCUCCUUUUGUACUCUCAUAUCUAGAUGAGACGUUGGAACUCUGUAGUCCAUAGUUUUGGAGUAUGUAGGGGUUUGCUUGGUAGGCUUAUAUGUGAUUCUUAUAUGUGAGAACCAAUGUAGGAUAAGUCACGGAUUGCUUAAUCAAUUAAAACAUGGUUUUGGUAUGACAAAAUUAGCUUUUCGAUGUACAUUAGUUUGGUGAUGUAGAGUUUGUGUGUUAUAAUGAGCAGCUAGAAAAGAACAUUUGUGUGUUGACAACUAAAAUACAGUACCCUUUAAUAAAAGAAGUAAAAUACAGUACCACCUGCUGUAUAUUUCCACAACCUUAAGGGAGUUCAGAAACUUUCACUGUUGCAUUUGCCUGCUGGAGCUUAUUAGCCUUGUAGGCUGUUCCAUAUGACCCUUUGCCGAUCACAAGAUCUCUUAGCUAGGAUCUAGAUAAUGUAAAAAUACAAAUCGUUUACUUUUUUAGCUUCCAAGUUCAUAGAUUGUAUCUUUUCUACUGAGCAUCUUUCUACAUUUAUCUAAUUCAAGGCUUCAGUUAUACGGAGUACCUUGUUUCUUUCUGCACUAACAUCACAUAGCAAUUUGUUUGCUAACAUGUUCAAUGCAUCGAUCUGGUUUGGUUAACCUUUGCACACACAGUUUUUCUUUUUCUCUUGACAUCUUUGCGAUUUGGUACCACUGUUCUGCUUAUUGUCCGUUGAUGUUUCACUUGUAGAGAAACACACUGCUAGCAUCUCGAGAUGUGUACUGAUCUGUUUUGCUUAACUUUUGUAUAGUUGGUUGCUUUGUCUCAUGAUAUCUCUGUGAUUUUUUAAUCAUCACAUCCUUUUCGUUAUCCACUUAAGUGAAAAUGAUUGCUAGCAUCUUUAUAAGCUGCAAUAUGUGCAAAGUACAUUAGGUAUGUUAGUCUAAGAAAUCUCUCCAUUAUGACGGCUUGUCUUACUGCAACCUUAACACUUCAUAUCAUUUUUGUUUUUUCACUUCAGCCAAGGCUUUCGAGAUCCUAAACAUUGCAGGUACGGUUUCUUCUUUCCAGUAUUUCGUUUCACAGUGCAUCUUUCAUGUACAACAGAUGGGCAGAAAAUUUCCGGAUCAGGGGUGGUAGUUAGUAUGACACUAAAACAUGAUCUAUGGCAUUCUGGACAGGAUACAUAGAUUUUCAGUUAGCAUUGCCACUCAAGUGAGCUUAUUGAUAAAAAUCCAUGGCCCAUUUUUCCAUGGUAAACAUAAAGAUAAAAGAGCUACAAGUACUCACCUGUCAAAUACACUAUGAAAGCUUGCACUAUUACUUAAUGCGAUAGCCAGUGCAGAAACUUCCCUUGAUUGAUUGGAUUGUUCAGUGUCUCAAAGGAUUUCAAAAUUAUCACAAAACCUUCAAGUUUUUCUAUUAAAUCUAGCUAACUAUCCAAUCAUUCUAGGUACAAUCUUAAAAGGAGACAUCAACGAUUGAUUAAGUUGUCCCUUGAUUAUUUGACAGUGAACAUCACUACGUUUUUCAGUUGUAAGGUACACAAAAAUCCAUUUUAAUGCUGGUACUAUAUCCUUGCAUGCCGAGGGAGCAGAGGACCACAAGAGGAAUUAAAAAGGCAAAAUGGAAGUGCAGUUGGCAAGUUACAUCUUUGUUUUGUUAUAUGUAUCGACGAGUCUUAACGUGUCUCUUAUCAUACAGUAUAUUGGCCACAUCUUGUAAAGAUGCACAGGAGCAGUGUGGAUUUUUUGUAUUACACUUUAUACAUUUUUUCUCUGAACAUCUGUCGUCAACCUCUGUGCCUCACAUCUGGGUAGGCUCAUGUGGUACCAGAACAAUAUGAUGUCUCC